CAACCUUCUCGGCUCUAACGAGUCCGUGAAGUGAGAUGCAACACUCCAUAGCAACAUCAGUACCAGGACGAAGGGUCUUUGACGGACAACCCGGGAUAAAUAUCUUGAGAAUAUCCGAAACAGGUGCUGCAUGUCGACAGCAUGGACGACCAGAGGGAGUCAUUGAGAAAGAUCAUCGCUACAUUGGCCUUGAAGAAUGAGGAAAUUCAGAAUUUCAUCUGCUGUCUGAAGCAGAGUCUACGAAAUUUAGAGGCAAAUGCAAACCGGGUACAGGAGGAUCUGGAUUCAGAGUUUAGUUCGCUCCAUGCCGUCUUGGAUGAACUGAAGGAGGGAAUGGUCACACGCAUCAAACAAGAAAGAGCCAGUCGCACCUAUGAGCUACAGAAUCAGCUAAGCGCAUGCACCAAUGCCCUGGAGAGCUCAGAAGAGCUGCUGGAAUUAGCCAAUCAGACGCUUUGCUCAUCUGAGAAUGACAGCUUCAUUCAGGCGGCCAAAGGCAUAAAGGAUAGCGUCACUAUGGCUCCAGCAUUUCGUCUGUCCUUAAGAGCAAAGGCCAGUGACAGUAUGAAUCACAUGAUGGUGGACUUUACUCAGGAACGAAACAUGCUCCGGGCCAUCACAUUCCUUCCAGUGCCUGCCACGCCGGAAAUCCAGUUGGUCGAAUGCCAAGUGUUUGAUAACACAGUCGCAGUGGUGUGGACCUUACCUGAACACGACUCCAAAAUCGACCACUACAUCCUGGAAUAUCGGAGAACCAAUCACGAAGGUCCUCCGCGCGCUCGAGAAGACUACCCCUGGAUGGUGGUGGAAGGGAUAAAAGAAACCGAGUACACGCUCACGGGUCUUCGUUUUGACACACGGUACAUGACCUUUCGGGUGAAGGCGUGUAAUAAGGCUGUGGCGGGUGAAUUCUCAGAGCCGGUUACUCUGGAAACACAUGCAUUCGUCUUCAAAUUGGAUGCAGGUUCAGCCCAUCAGAACCUGAAGGUGGAGGAUCUCAGUGUGGAAUGGGACAGUAGCGGUGGAAAGAUAGCAGUUCAAGACAUCCGGAAAGAUAAAAACAGAACCAACUCUCCCAUGCAUUCUCCUGCCAGGCUAGCUGGAAUGUCACCCAAAAGAGCUCCUUCUGCUAGAGUGGGUCGAGACCGCUUCACAGCAGAGUCUUACACUGUUUUGGGAGACACUAUGAUUGAUGCUGGGCAACAUUACUGGGAGGUGCGCUUCGAUAAAGAGAGUAAAACAUUCGCAGCAGGGAUCGCCUUACGGUCUCUGGGUCGCUUCGACCAACUGGGAAAAAGCAACGCCUCCUGGUGCAUCCACCUGAACAACUGGCUUCAGCAGAGCCUCACAGCCAAGUACAACAACAAAGCCAGAACGCUAGACUGCCCCAUUCCAGAUCGCAUCGGCAUUUACUGCAACUACGAAGAGGGCGCAUUGUCUUUCUACAACGCUAGAAACAAAACUCUUCUUCAUACCUUCAGAACCAAGUUCCAGCAGCCUGUUAUACCAGCGUUUAUGGUGUGGAAUGGGAGUUUCUCAGUGCAGACGGGCCUCCAGGUGCCCAGUAUCGUGCUGAGCGGACAGAAGAGAAACAGCAACACAAGCAGCUCCAACGCCAGCCUUACCUAGAUCUCACCCAUCGGCCCUUCACAGACAAAUAAAGACACGUUAGAACUGUAUCACGGUUUGCACAGGCUUGGAGAACAUUGGUGCAAAAGAAGCCCGUCGUUUCAUGCCAGCUCAAGGGGUGAUCUGUUUCGAGCUCAUCUUGUUACCCUCAUACUGUUAGAUCCCCCAUCCUGAUUGUGUGCCUUUCAAUGUCCUGAAUUAAGACACGAAGGGGUAUUCUUUUUAAUGCAAAGAGCUUUAUUAGCUUGAAAUGAUGUGUCCAUAGAGCCAAAAGUUUCAUUUUAUGAUAAGCAGUGACAGUAUUUGUCGAUUAAGGCCAUAUUUUAACACAGCGGAGAGCAUGUUGGUGUUAAUGUUCGAAAUCUGAGCGGUAACUGUAUUUACACAUUAUGUCUUUAUCUACAGUAUAUGCCUCCAGUUCUGCUAGGCUUUUUAAACAUACACUUAGUAUCACAGUAGCACAAAUAACCUUAAGCAAAAUCAUAGAGGAAGUCAGAUGCCUUUCAUAGACUUUUAAUUCAGGAGUUUGUUUGUGCACGGGCGGUGACGUGUGGCGUGUUUGUGUGUGCGCGCGCGUGUUCACGAUCACCCAGAAUGGUACACUUGCAUUUCAGUGUUCUUAAUGCAAAUAUUUACCAGAGCAAUUUUUUUUUGUAUGCCUGCUGCAAUAUUGUACAUAUUACAGAAGCGAUUCUUGGUUUUGCCUUUUUUGAUUUGAUUUGGGUUUUUUUUUGCUUUGCUGUCCUCUUGUUAAUAUAACCUGCAAUGCUGUUAGACAUUUUAAAUAUAUUUCCGUCAGGAACUGAAGUCAACCUGUACGAUCUUAAAUAUUACACCAACUGUUACGU